GCAACAUGAAAAUUUUAUUACUGGUAUUAUUGGCAGUAUGCUUUGCUUCAGCUAAACGAGGUCCACAGAAACAUGUUCGCGAAACACAAAAAAGUCUUGCCUCUGGGCGUAUUGUGGGUGGUGAAGCAGUGAGCAUUGAAGACUAUGGAUGGCAAGUUUCUCUACAACGUUUUGGCAGUCAUUUCUGUGGAGGAUCUAUAAUAUCCAGUAGAUGGAUUCUUUCAGCUGCUCAUUGCUUUUAUGGAACGUUAUUUCCGAUUGGAUUCUCUGCGAGAGCCGGCAGCAGUACUGUGAAUUCAGGAGGAACUGUGCAUACAAUUUUGUAUUGGUAUAUUCAUCCAAAUUAUGAUUCACAAAGUACAGACUUUGAUGUUUCUGUAGUUCGACUAUUAUCUUCUUUAAAUUUGAAUGGAGGUUCUAUUCGACCGGCUAGGUUAGUGGAUUCUGGAACUGAUUUGCCAGCCGGUGAGAUGGUUACAGUAACUGGAUGGGGACGACUUUCGGAAAAUACUUCUGUUCCCUCGCCAUCAACUCUUCAAGGAGUUACAGUACCAGUUGUAAGUAAUUCGGAAUGUCAACAACAAUUGCAAAAUCAGACAAUCACUGACAAUAUGUUUUGUGCUGGUGAAUUAGAAGGAGGAAAGGACUCUUGUCAAGGAGACAGUGGUGGUCCCAUGGUUGACAGCGAGGAUACUCAAGUAGGAAUUGUAUCCUGGGGAAUAGGAUGUGCUAGACCCAAUUUACCAGGAGUUUAUACGCGAAUUGCUUCAUCGCCAAUUAGAGAUUUCAUAAGACGAAUAACCGGAGUUUAAUAUUAUUUUAUACAUUUUUGACAAAUAUGAGAACUAAUGAGAACUGUUGUAUUGCUAUAAUUCUUUGCAACAUUGUGCAUGAAUAAAUUAU